GGGGUGAUCCAGAAAUAAACUCCAGGCUUCAAAGAGAGAGUGUUUCAAAGCUGCCCUGCAGUAGAUCGAGCCAUCCAGGGAGAGAAGGGAGAUGAAUGCUGCUGGGGGUUUUCUGAAUUAAGGCUUAGUCAAGGACAUAACUCCUUUUCAACAUUAAUUUUCUUGUUUCAGAAACAAUAAGGUGAGCAGAGCAUGGCCACGGAGAUUACAACCACAGCAAAGACCCAGAGAGAAAUAAUAGGUUCUGAGGAGUACAGUCUGUACAGUAGCAUGAGCGAAGACGAUCUUAUUCAACUGGCCAUACAACGGAGCUUGGAAGAGGAUCCCUCAGGUCAGUCAGCUGCCCAGAGUCAUCAGAAAUCGGUCAUGACAGCCCCGGGAGAGCCAACCAUAGCCAAUCGGCCCUGCCCUCAUAAUCCACCACAACAGCUUUACCCUUGGCACAGGUUGGCAGCACAGUCCGGAGGCCGUGGUCACCCUUCCAGCUUGGGCGCAUCGUGGGGAGUUAGACGGAGAUACGACGGCAGCCUGUUCACCUCAUCCCAGCCUGUAGAGCCAGAUCCAGUAGCAGUAGCAAUCAAGGACGGAGAUGAAAAUGCUGUGCUUAACAUGAUGAAAUCAGGAAAAAACCUUUCUGAACCUAACAAAGAUGGAUGGUUACCCCUGCAUGAAGCAGCCUACUAUGGUGAAGUAGGAUGCCUGAAACUGUUGCAAAAAGCAUACCCUGGAACCAUUGAUCAGCGUACUCUUCAGGAAGAGACAGCAGUCUAUAUAGCAACAUAUAGAGGACACCUGGACUGUCUGCUUACUUUGCUACAAGCUGGAGCUGAACCUGAUAUUGCAAACAAAUCCAGAGAGACUCCACUCUAUAAAGCCUGUGAACGCAGGAAUGUAGAAGCUGUGAGGCUGCUGGUGCAGUACAAUGCCGACACAAACCACCGGUGCAAUCGGGGUUGGACAGCUCUCCAUGAGGCCGUCUCUCGGAAUGACCUGGAAAUCAUUGAUAUCUUGAUCAAAGGGGGAGCCAAGAUUGAAUCCACAAAUGCUUAUGGGAUCACCCCUUUAUUUGUGGCAGCAGAGAGUGGGCAGUUAGAUGCUUUGCGAUACCUUGCUAAGUGUGGUGCUGAUAUCAAUACCCAAGCCAGUGAUAAGGCCUCUGCUCUUUAUGAAGCUUGUAAAAAUGGACAUGAAAAGGUCGUGCAGUUCCUCUUGUCACAAGGUGCAGAUGCUAACAGAGUUAAUAAGGAUGGGCUGUUACCUCUUCACAUAGCAGCCAAAAAAGGCAAUUAUGAGAUAGUCACAACGUUGAUCCCCGUGACUAGUCGCACUCGAGUCAAGCGCAGCGGUAUCAGUCCCUUGCAUUUGGCGGCUGAGCGCAAUAAUGAUUACAUCUUGGAAGAGCUGGUUGAGGCCGGCUAUGACGUGAACUUCACCCUUUCUCCUGAGAGAUCCCGGCUCUAUGAGGACCGGCGAAGCAGUGUCCUCUACUUUGCUGUCAUGAACAAUAAUAUCUUUGCCACAGAGCUGCUGCUGCAAGCUGGGGCCAACCCCAAUGUUGACCUUCUCAACCCACUGCUCAUCUCCAUUCGCCAUGGCUGCCUGAAAACUAUGAAGCUGCUCCUUGACCAUGGAGCGAAUAUUGAUGCAUACAUUUGUAGCCACCCCACCACCUUCCCUGCUACCAUCAUGUUUUCCAUGAAGUACCUUCCUCUGCUAAAGUUUCUAAUGGAUCUGGGCUGCGAUGCUAAUUCCUGUUUUAAGUGUCAGUAUGGAAAUGCCCCACAUCCCAUACUAGAAUAUAGAAGGGACAGAUUUAAUGAGCCUCGGGUGAGCAAACAGCCAAGCAUAAUACAGUUUUGUGACAUGGUGUCUGCUCCAGAGAUGAAUCGCUGGGCUGGGCCUAUUAUUGAUGUUCUUCUAGAUUAUGUGGGCAAUGUGCAGCUCUGUUCCAGGCUCAAGGAGCACAUAGACAGCUACGAAGAGUGGGCUGUCAUUAAAGAAAAAGCAGAGCCACCAAGGCCUCUCACACACCUGUGCCGGAUCCGAGUUCGAAGCUUGAUUGGAAGAAACCGCAUUAAACUUAUUGACACUUUGCCUCUCCCAGACAGGCUGAUUCGAUACUUACAGUAUGAUUAUUCUCAAUGACCUCAGGCAAACCCGGCAAUCAGCAGCCUUCUGGCUUGACACCCGGAGUCAUGACAGAGGACAGUAGUAUUCACGUAAUGAUGGUGAACAAAGUGCAUGAGGGGAUGAGAAGGAAUCUCUGUCACCUGACAUACAGCAUCACCCAAUAGCUAACCUAAGAGCAGUGACAUUCUGGAGAAAGGGGAAAGUGAGAGAGCGUGCAAAAGUGGAUCUGUCUUCAGAUUUUCCAAAAGAACGCAUACUCUGCAAUGCCGCACACCUCAGUGUGGGCUGUGAAGAAGGGGGCUGAAAGCCAACACUGGGAAAUGAGGAAAGCCAAAUGCAAGUAACACUGGGAGAUUUGAAAAGAGCAUUGAGGUCUUGCAGAGGUUAGAGUCAUUCAGUCACUGUCAAAAAUCAGCAUAUCUGGGAAACUAAGCACUGACUGGGGACUUUUUUUUGUAUUUUUUUGUUUUGUUUUGCUUUUUGUUGCAUUAUAUUGGACAGUUUGCUGGUUGCUGAUCACCUGAUACCGCAUUUUCAUUUUGAGGUUUUUUUGGGGGGCAGGCUUUCUUUAUGAAUAGCUGACUUGAUUUCUGAGCACUUGAAACUCAGAACCUUUUUUCCUCAACAAAAUAUUUUGUAAAUAUUGGGGUAAAUCCCUAAGUCAUGCCUCAGGCUAAACUCCCAUUAAAUUCAAUGGAAGUUCCCUUUAAGUAAGAUCUAAGGACAGAAAGAUUUAACCAUGAGCAAAUACUUUGUUUGUAAUAUAGUAAAUAUGCACGUGAAGUGUACAGUGGUCAAGAUAAAUGGUUUUCCUGGACUGGGGAUCCUGAAGCAAUCCUAAACUCACAUAAGCUGGUGUAAAUCAGAAGUAGCUGUUUUAACAUCAGUGGAUUUACUUUAGCAUGAGAACAGAAUCAGGCCUUGAAUUUUUUCUAGCAAAUGCCAGUGGAGCAAAAGCCCUAAACUGCUGUUACUGAGAGAAGAGAAUAAUUAUUUCAGUGUUACUAAACACAAAAACAAAGACUUUCAAAAACAGGCACCCAACUUGAUACUUCUAAAUCCUUAUUAAUGAUAAGGAUGAUGGAUCCGUAUUAAUGAUAAAAUGCCUAUAUGUAGUGCAGGGUUGUGACACAGUGGGCGUGUUUAUACAUGCAUUUAUACUAGCUUAAAUUUACUGCGCAGUAAGUGGGAAUAAGCCAGAGUCUACAUGUGUCUGCAUUAAAGUGCAUUAACGCUAUGUGUCGUCUGACUUGGGACUAAAGUUAGUCCUAUGUCAGUCCACGCACACAGUAUUACUGCACCUUAAGGCAUCCACAUGUGCGUUACUGCACAGGAAAUAAUCAGGUAUAAACUUGAUACCUGCA